AUGAGGAAAGCGGAGGCGUUAGCGACAGUGUCCCUGCCUGAAUGUGCCGAUUCGAUCGAGUCGCAUCCUUGGCUGGACAAUGUCUUCGCAUUGGCAACCUAUCAAGUGGAUCAGCAAGAGGUAGACAGGGAGCUCGGCAAUCGUGAGCACGACGAGGAUGAAGAGGCACAUGCUGCGUCUUCAUCUUCGAGCCCUCCAUAUACGCGAAAGGGUCUGCUGCGCUUGUAUCAAGGAGCUUUGAAGGGCGAUGCGAGCGUAGACUGUGUGACCAUGUACGAAGAGCAGACGGCAGCAAUUCUGGAUACGAAGUGGUCCCUGGCAUCGCUGCCCUCGAGUUCCCCCGCCAAAGGUCUGCUCGGAGUGGCAGACGCCAGCGGCCAUGUCUCCCUGCACUCCCUGCAACAAGACUCGGCCGACAGUAGCUCGCGAUUGCCCCUUCUAGCAAAGCUGCCCUUCAAUGAUCACAAGGCUCUCUGCCUUUCACUGGAUUGGAGCGAUCGGAUAGCACACUAUCCACCAAGCGCAGCUGCCGACACGCACUUACAGGACGCUAGCUUGGUCGUGAGCCAGAGUGACGGCUCUCUUGCCUGGCUGCCAAGCGUCGCAGCUGCUGUCCAAGCAGACCAAGCUAUGCUGAAGAGAGUCAUGGAGACCAAAUUUCCGCGAGAAGCCGUCCAAGAAGAUGAGCAAGACGAAAGCGACGACGAAGAAGAUUGUCGGGGCGAAGGCGAGGGAGCAUCAUCAAAACCGCUCAUGGACUGGCCGCAGAAGCCGAUUGGGCUGGAGACGUGGCACGCUCACGAUCAUGAGGCGUGGAUAGCGGCUUUUGACACUUACUCAGACGGCCGAAUUAUUUGGAGUGGCGGCGACGAUCUUGCCAUGAAAGGCUGGGAUGUACGCCUUCCCAUUUCCCGUCGGCAACGGGCUCCAAUCUUCACGAACCGCCGAGAGUUUCAAGGCGGUGUGACGACGAUGCAAAGUCAUUGGGCAAGAGAGGGACUCUGGGCUGUGGGUAGCUACGACUCGAAGCUCCGCCUGUUCGAGGCGAGACUGCCUGCUCGUCCCAUCGCGACACUUGAGCUGCCUGGUGGGAUUUGGCGACUCAAGUGGCAUCCCAAAGAUUCUUCGCUACUGCUUGCUGGCUGUAUGCAUGGUGGCUUUGCUGUCAUCAGGGUGCCAUGGCUGGCGAGCUCUGCAGAUGGUGACGAGGUAGACAAGUCGUCGCUUGAAAUUCUCAGUACUUUUGAGGGCCAUGAGAGUCUGGCAUAUGGCUGCGACUGGGAGAGGGGCAGCAGUGGCACAGUCAGAGAGUGGGCCACUGGUACAGGCAUCCGCUCUACAGUCGCGACAGAGGCAUCACUGGUCUAUUCUUGCUCCUUUUACGACAAGAGACUAUGCUCGUGGUUGGCAUGA